AUGGUUAAAAUCGCUAUCAUCACGUACUCAAUGUACGGCCACAUUGACAUCCUGGCCAAAUCUAUUCAGGAGGGUAUCGUUGCCGCUGGAGGCAAGGCUGAUCUGUUUAGGGUCGAGGAAACGUUGCCCGACGAAGUGCUCGAGCUGAUGCACGCUCCUGCCAAGCCAGAUAUUCCAGUUGCCACCGCCCAGACUCUAGAAGAAUAUGACGCCUUUCUCUUUGGUGUUCCGACAAGAUACGGCAACGUUCCAGCCCAGUGGUCGGCAUUUUGGGACCAGACAGGUGGAUUGUGGGUCAAGGGAUCCCUGCAUGGUAAACCGGCUGGUGUAUUUGUCUCGACUGGUAGUUUCGGCGGUGGUCAGGAAUUGACCGUCAAAAGCUGCAUGUCCUACUUGGUUCAUCACGGUUUGAUAUUCAUUCCUCUAGGGUACAAGAACACUUUUGCUGAAUUAUCUAACCUCGAGGAAAUCCAUGGUGGCUCGCCUUGGGGUGCUGGCACUCUAGCUAGUGGUGAUGGCUCUCGGCUACCAAGUGAAUUGGAGCUAAGAAUGGCUGUUACACAGGGUAAAGCAUUUUACGAGAUUGCCCAGCAUUUUCCUCUUCCUAGCACUAAAAAAUCCACAACGAAGCAAGCUCAAACCGAAGAGAAAAAGGUCCCUGCCCAAAGAACUGUGCAAUCCACUGCCACACCAGAAAAGAGGGACGCUCAGAAGAAGAAUGGCUGCUGUGUUCUCAUGUAA